AUGUCCGCCCCCGCCCGCCUGUUCGCUGCCGGCACGCGCCGCGCCAUCCACUCGUCGGCCCGUCGCCUCGCCGAACCCGCACCUGCUGCCACCCAGGGCGUCGUUAGCGAGGUCCCCGUGCAGAAGCCGGUCGGCGGAUUCCGUGGCGGCAUCUUCGGUUUCCUCCUCGGCUUCUCGGCAGCAACUGCCCUUGGCGUCUACUACCUUCAGCAGGACAGCAAGAUUACCACUGGCCUCUUGAUGGCGAGCGUUUCAGAGCUGCAGGGCUCGACCGCCAAGAUCACGUCCCAUCUCGACCGCCUGCAGACUGUUGAGAAGGACCUGGCGGCGCUCAAGGCUUCGGUGCCGCAGAAGGAGGAUGUGACCAAGGUCCGCGGCGAGAUGAAGAAGGUCUACGACGGCCUCCACCUCGAGCUCCUCGACCUGCGCGCCCACGUCUGGGGCGUCGAGCAGGACGUCCAGAAGCUCGCCAAGUCGGACUCUGUCCGCAUCUAG